AUGGAACUGGUUAUAACGGUUACAAAACCUGCCCAGAGGGUUGAUUAUAUCAAUGAUGGUUCGGAUAUUGAUAUGUCUGACGUCGAAGAGACUUUAGCGCACGACUCAGAAGAAAGCAGCCUCGCAAGAAAGAGUCAAAAAGGUGCCAUCGUGACACCUGGAGAGCUCGUGACAGAAGACCCAACGUGGAUGAAGGGUCAUGGAACAUAUUUUUUGGAGCACAAAACUUAUUCCUCUGUGGCAGGAAAUGUAUCGAGGGUGAACAGAUUAUUGAGUGUGAUCCCCUUACGAGGUCGUUAUGAGGCCGAGACUGGUGACCACGUAGUUGGAAGAAUAACAGAAGUCGGUCAGAAAAGGUGGAAAGUGGACAUUGGAUGUAAGCAAGACGCGGUAUUGAUGCUAGGGUCCGUGAACCUUCCUGGAGGAGUCUUGAGGAGAAAGUCCGAAAGUGACGAAUUACAGAUGCGAAAUUUUUUGAAAGAGGGUGACCUUUUGAAUGCAGAAGUUCAGAGUAUAUUCAGCAAUGGAUCUGCUUCCUUACAUACGAGAUCGUUGAAAUAUGGAAAGUUGAGAAACGGCAUUCUCUUGAAAGUGCCUUCAAGUCUAAUAAUAAAGCAGAAAAAUCAUUCUCACGAUUUGCCAGGAAAUGUGAGUAUCAUCUUGGGUGUGAACGGUUAUAUUUGGGUCUAUAAGACUGCUACCUUCAAGAGCUCAAGCAAGUCGAGCGCCUCGACGAACAAGGCGCAAGCGUCUUUUGAUACAAAGGGUUCAUAUAAUCCUGGUCAGGGAAGCGUUUCCAUCACUAGACUUGAGGAGGAGAGUUCUUGGGAGAUUUACAGUGACAAGAAUGAUCCAGACAUCAGUUCUAGUUCCAGAAAUACUAUAACUCGGUACAGCAACAUUAUUAAGGCUUUGAGUGCCUGUGAAAUGGGCAUCACUGAGCAAAGAAUCAGAAUGGGUUACGAGGCUAGCAUGAUGUACGCAGACACUAGCAGUUUACUCGACAAAGAAGCACAGGAGGCAUUAUGCCAGGACUUAAUAAAUACCGAAAAGAUGAGGGGUUGA